UGGAGCGGAUUUACUAAUCUGUUAAUUAGAUUACUGUUCCUGCCUUAGUGCCUCGUGUGUCCUCAUGCAUACAGACCAGCCCCUCGACGCUCAUGAAUACCACCUUAACUGCUCUCACCUUGUACUUUUAUUAAGUAUGAGUUGAUCAGACAGUUGAAUGUGAAUUGGUGUUGGAUGCGACCUAGGAUGGCUGCUCUGACAUUGCCUUUGGUUACUUUUCUCUGCUGGAUGAGCCUCUGUAGUGUAAGUGCAAAUGAGAAGGUUUACUCAGAAAACAUCACUCGCAUUUUGGAUCGACUUUUGGAUGGCUACGACAACAGACUGCGUCCUGGAUCUGGAGGUGGUUUAACAGAGGUGAAGACAGACAUCUUUGUCACCAGCUUCGGGCCUGUUUCAGAUGUUGAUAUGGAGUACACCAUGGACAUGUUUUUCCGCCAGAUGUGGGUUGAUGAGCGUUUGAAGUUCGAGGGCCCCACUGAGAUCCUGCGGCUGAACAAUCGCAUGGUGGACAAGAUCUGGACUCCUGAUACUUUUUUCAGAAACUCCAAAAGGUCCAUUUCCCAUAACAUGACCACACCGAACAAGCUCUUCCGCAUCAUGCAGAAUGGGACAGUCCUCUACACAAUGAGACUGACAAUCAGCGCAGAGUGUGCGAUGAAUCUGGUCAACUUCCCCAUGGACGGCCACGCCUGCCCUCUAAGAUUUGGGAGCUAUGCCUACACGAGGAGUGAGAUCAUUUUCACCUGGAAGAAGGGGCCAGUACUAUCUGUCGAUUGUCCCAAAGAGUCCAUGAGUCUUUUGCAGUACGACCUUGUGGGACAGACUUUGUCCAGUGAGAUAUUCAAAUCAAAUACAGGUCACUACUCUGUGCAGGUGAUCCAUUUCCGACUCCAGAGGAAGCUCGGUUACUACCUCAUUCAGACCUACAUCCCCCUCAUAAUGGUUGUUGUGUUGUCACAAGUCUCUUUUUGGAUAAACAAGGAGUCCGUCCCGGCACGUACAGUGGCUGGCAUCACCACAGUACUGACCAUGACCACCUUGAGCAUCAGCGCCCGUCAGUCACUUCCCAAAGUGGCCUAUGCCACCGCCAUGGAUUGGUUCAUUGCUGUGUGCUUUGCCUUCGUGGCAUCGGCUCUGGUGGAGUUUGCGGCAGUAAACUACUUUGCCACGCUGCAGGCCAAUCGUCUGACCAAACGAAAAACCAGACAAGACAAGCUGGAGGUAUUGGCGACCGGCAGCGAUGAUGACGACACAGUUUCUUCGGACAGCAGCCCUCGGGAAGGCCUGAAGAAGAGGAACCACUCAGUGUGCCGCAGUGAGCUGGGAGAAGCUCCGCCAAUGCCCAUCUUUCUCCAGCAGGGCUCAGCUUUUCCUCAGAUCCCGCAGUUGGCCGGCACCAGCCCCAUCGAUGAGUACGCCCGUAUCCUCUUCCCCCUGACAUUCGCCCUCUUCAACCUCGUCUACUGGUUCAUGUACCUGGGCCAAGACAACAUGGAGAGUGCCAGGGACAUGGAUCUUAAAAACUGA